GAAUUAAAGCCUUACAGUUAGUAGAUGAAUGCCUUUGCGAUGUUGAUGGAGGGCUGAAACAGCGGAACUUACACAACUGCGUCAAUAUGACAAUUUUGGCUGACCAUGGAAUGGACCAGACUUACUGUGACAAAGUUGAAUAUAUGACUGAUGUUUUCCCCAAAUAAAUUGUCUAUAUGUAUGAAGGACCUGCUCCUCGCAUCAGAACUCGUAAUAUACCUCAGGAUUUUUUUACCUUUAAUUCUGAAAAAAUGUUUAGGAACCUCAGUUGCCGGAAACCCAGUCAGCAUUUCAAGCCCUAUUUGACUCCUGAUUUGCCAAAACGACUGCACUAUGCCAACCAUGUCAGAAUCGACAAGGCUCAUCUCCUGGUGGAUCGGCAGUGGCUGGCUACAAGGAGUAAAUCAAGUUCCAGCUGUGGAGGAGGCAACCAUGGCUACAAUAAUGAGUUCAAGAGCAUGGAGGCUAUCUUCUUGGCCCAUGGACCCAGUUUUAAAGAAAAGACUGAAGUUGAACCAUUUGAAAAUAUUGAAGUCUAUAAUCUAAUGUGUGAUCUUCUACACAUUCAACCAGCACCGAACAAUGGUACCCAUGGCAGUCUGAACCAUCUUUUGAAGGUGCCUUUUUAUAAUCCAUCUCACACAGAGGAAGUGUCAGAGUCAUCUGUUUGUAACUUUACCAUCCCAGUGCCCGCAGACACCCUGGGCUGUUCAUGCACUGAGCUUGGAAACACUACUACCCAAGUAGAAGAUGUGAAUCAAAUGCUAAAUCUCACCCAGGAAGAAAUAACAGCAACAAAGGAAGUAAAUUUGCCAUUUGGGAAGCCCAGGGUAAUGCAGACAAACAUGGACCACUGUCUCCUCUACCAUAGGGAGUACAUCAGUGGGUUUGCUAACGUUAUAAGGAUGCCCAUGUGGAGCUCAUACACGGUCCCCAUGCCGGGAGACACAUCGCCUCUUCCUCCCACUGUCCCAGACUGUCUGCGGGCUGAUGUCAGGGUUGCUUCUUCUGAGAGCCAAAAAUGUUGGUUCUAUUCAGCAGACAAGAAUAUCACCCACGGUUUCCUCUAUCCUCCUGCAAACAAUAGAACUUCUAAUAGUCAGUAUGAUGCUUUAAUUACAAGUAAUUUGGUUCCAAUGUAUGAAGAAUUCAAAAAAAUGUGGGACUACUUCCACAGGGCUCUUCUUAUUAGACAUGCCGUGGAAAGAAAUGGAGUAAACGUAGUUAGUGGACCAAUAUUUGAUUAUAAUUAUGAUGGUCAUUUUGAUGCUCCAAAUGAAAUUAUAGAACAUGUAGAGAAUACUGAUGUUCCCAUCCCAACACACUACUGUGUGCUGACAAGUUGUAAAAACAAGAGCUACACACCCGACAACUGCCCUGGGUGGUUGGAUGUCCUCCCUUUCAUCAUCCCUCACCGACCUACCAACAUGGAAAGCUGUCCUGAUGGUAAAACAGAAGAUCUCUGGGUUGAAGAAAGAUUCAACGCCCAUAUAGCCCGCGUACGAGAUGUAGAACUUCUUACUGGUCUUGACUUUUAUCAGGAAAAAGUACAGCCUGUCUCUGAAAUUUUGCAAUUAAAGACCUAUUUACCCACAUUUGAAACCAUUAUUUAA